UUCCAAAAUUUAUUAUGUUGAUUUUUUCAGUGAAAUAAAAUAAAAAGAAAACUCCCCCUCACUUCUCUCAAACCCAAUUAAACCUCUCUCUCUCUCUCUCUCUCUCUCUCUCUCUCUAGAAAACAGAGCACUCCUCCAUGAAGAGUAUAUAAUAAGAAAACAGAGCAAAAACAGAGCAUAGUUGUAGCAAAUAACACAAACAGGGGAGGGAUCAAAAAAUGGCUCCUUUUUCUUCUUGUCCUCCUCUCUUCUUCCUCUUCCUCUACUUUGGAGCUUCACUCACCCCCAUUAAUGGCGAGCCCAUCCCCUCCCUCCCCACCCUCACCCCACUCUCCUUCCACGACGCCUACACGCAGCUCUUCGGCGACUCCAACCUCGCCCUCCGCCGCGGCGGCAGGAGAGUCCACAUCGCCCUCGACCGAAGAACCGGUGCCGGAUUCGCCUCGCGGCGCCUCUAUCUCCACGGCUUCUUCAGCGCCGCCAUUAAGCUCCCUUCGGAUCACGCCGCCGGUGUCGUCGUCGCUUUCUAUAUGUCGAACGGAGACGUGUUCGAGAAGACGCACGACGAGCUGGACUUCGAGUUCUUGGGCAACAUCAGGGGGAGGGAAUGGCGGGUGCAGACGAAUGUUUACGGCAACGGGAGCACGUCGAUCGGGCGCGAGGAGAGGUACAGCCUCUGGUUUGAUCCCACAGAGGAUUUCCAUCAGUAUGCCAUACUGUGGAGCAGCAGCAGAAUCAUAUUUUACAUUGAUGGCAUUCCAAUUAGGGAGGUGGUGAGGCCUCAAGCCAUUGAUGGGCUUGGGCAAUUUCCAUCCAAGCCCAUGUCACUCUAUGCCACCAUAUGGGAUGGGUCAAGUUGGGCCACAUCGGGCGGGCGCUACAAGGUAAAUUACAAAUACGCCCCUUACGUGGCCGAAUUCACCGACCUCGUCCUUCGCGGUUGCGCUACCGACCUAACGACUCACCAGCCGACCUGUCGCCAGGCCGACAUUGAUAUGUACGACACUGUCAGUUUGUCGGUCGAGCAACGGUUGGCCAUGGAUGACUUCCGCGAGAAGCAUAUGACUUACGGUUACUGCUAUGAUCGCCUGCGAUACACUAAUCCUCCGGCAGAGUGCUCAACAGGCCGUGAGGCCGACCUUUUCCUGGAGUCGGGGGAAGCCCGGGGGUUCUCCGACCGCCGCCGUCACCGCUAUGCAAAGCGUCAUUACCGGACGGCGUUAGAUGACGCAUUUUGAUUUGAACUUCAUUUAGUUGUGAAAAGAAAAAGUCUUAGGCUAUUGGGAAAAGGGGAUUAUUUUGUGUUUAUAGAGAGAGAUGGUAUUCAUCUUUUCUUCAUCAUAGAUUUCUUAUUCCUCUAACAUGUUGGGAGGAAACUUAUGAAUAGCAAAUGAAUAAACAAGGUGAUAUGAUUUUUCC